AUGGGAUUAUGCCAAAAUCAGUUAAAAUCUUUGUCUCAUGGAUUUGCUUCUUUUGACUAUCAAUUUAUUGGUUUUCAUUCAGCGGAAAUUGUCCGAGUAGAUAUUUUGUUGAAUAAGCAAUUAAUUCCUGACCUUUCUUUUUUGGUUCAUCGGCAAUUUGUUGAAGAACGGAGCCGAGAGCUUUGUUUAAACUUAAAAGAGACUCUUAAUUCGCAAAAUUUUGCUGUGCCAAUUCAGGCUUGUUUGGGACAAAAAGUAAUUGCUCGAGAAACACUUCCAGCCCUGAGAAAGCACGUUACCGGAAAUUUGUAUGGGACAUGGCUGGAAACUAAAUAUCCUUAUUGUGUUCAUGCUGAAGCCAAUGCAGUAAUUAGUGCUAAGCAAAAUUGCCAAGGAUUCAUCCUUUAUACCACCUUAUUUCCCUGCCAUGAAUGUGCUAAAUUAAUUAUUCAGACUGAUAAUGAAUAUCAAAAUCGCUGGUGUUGUCCGCUUCAAGGAGAUGUUUUUCGUUUAUUUCAAGAAAUAUCAUUAUCGCAAAUCAAGGUAGUGCUUUUAGGGCAAGACCCUUAUCACCAAAAAAAUGUUGCCGAUGGAAUUGCUUUUAGCACCCAGAAGCCAAAUUAUAUCCCUGCUACAUUGCAAAAUAUUUUUUGGGAAUUAAGUCACGAUCUUGGUUGUCCUUCGCCCACAAAUAGCAAUCUGCUUCCUUUAGUUUCGACUCAUCCUUCACCUUUUAGUGCUAAAUAUGGAUUUUUUGGUUCCAAACCUUUUUCUAAAACCAAUGACUUACUAAUUAACAUCGGAAAAGAACCAAUAAUUAAACCAAUUAUUGCUCCAACAACUAAUAGUCCUACAAUUGUGAUUGUUGCUUGA